GGAUAUCAAUAUCUAGGGUUAUGUUAUGAUUGUUUUCAUGUUUAAUUUUUUAUCCAAUUUUUCGGAUAUUAUAUGAAAAUAUAAACUGGAAAUGUUUGAUAAUUCUGAUGAAUAUGACUUCGCAUCAGCAGAUAGUUCCAAAUUAGCUGCUUUAUUUGGAAAUUAUGGACAAGAGAGCGAAGACUCUAACAGUAGUUUGAUGUAUACAGCUCCUAAACAGCCAAAUUACGCAAAACUUGAUACUGAAAAUGAUUCUUCCUGUUCAAAAAGUAAAUCACAAAGUACUGUUAUGCUUGCAAAAGUAGUUUCUAUUUGGAAAUUAGAAGAUAAAGAAUAUAAGGCAUUAGGAAAACAUGGUUUAGCUGUUAUAGGAUCAGUGAAUUUGAAUCUAUUUGAAAUUAUAGCUUAUAAAGAAAAAAAUAAUAUCAUUCUGAGGACAAAAGUAAAUGAUAAGUUACUUUUUUACCAUCAAAAAGAUGAAUUUUCUUCAUUUUAUGAUGAUGAUUCAAGAAAUUGGCUGAUUAAAUUUCAGAAUGACGACCAGAAAGCAUUUUACGAAGUCUUAAAGAAAUUUGGUGCACAACUAAUAGCUAAUGAAGACCCAUCUCAAAAAUGUAGUGACUCAGCAUUUCCUAAACCUGCACUACUUCCCAAGCCUAAGGCUGAUGUUGAAAUCUCAGAAACUCAGACGGAUAGCUCUGGAUCUCAACAAAGAGCACAUAUACUAAGCAGAAUGGCUAAAAUGGGUCAACAGAUUCUUCCGAAGAUGAAUAGUUCUGAUAAUUCUGACUCUGAACUGGGGGAAAGUAGGUUUGAUAGGAAACCAUCCCCUAGAAAAUUCAAAAAGCACAUUGAAAAACCCUCAAGAGCUGAAAAUGAAUCAACAAAUUUUAUAGACAAGCAAAUGGUUUCUAGUUCAACUACUUCUGUAAAUAGCUAUCCUAAUUUCAAUCAGAGUGUACUAAGCCCCAUGAUGUAUGCACCACCUAUGAACUAUGAAGGAUUCAUUAUAUCCCAAAAUGCUGAACUGAAAAUGAGUGUAGCCCAAUUAUCAGCAAAAUUGGAUAGUGUUCUAACUAAUAACAUACCAAAUCAAAAAAAUGAUGAUACAGUGCUCAAAUCCAAAAUUAAAGCCUUGGAAUUGAAGACAGCAAAUUUACAAGAUGCUUUGGGCAGUUGGAGAGAUAAAUAUCAUACCCUGGAAAGAAAAUAUAAUGAAUUAUCUGGACAUGAUCACAGAGAACUGAGCGAAAAAAAUUCUUUAAUCGAUAAACUUGAAAGGGAAGCAGUCACAAUGAAAUCGAAUCUAACCGUUGCUGAGGAAAGACUAGAUGAUUUUGAAAAAUUGAAAUUUGAAUUGCAGCAGAGUAAAAACGAUAUCAAGGAUUGUCAAACAACGAUAGAAAUACAGAAACUGAAAUUGAAAGAACAGAAUAAAGACAGCAAAGAUCUUCAAGCCACCAUAGAUACUCUAAAUGAUACUGUGACAAAUUUGAGGUUGAAACUUGCAGAUUUCGAAGGAUAUUUUGAGAGAACGGAGUCUGAAAAACGAGAGAGAGAAAAAAGGAACAACGAAAAAAUCAGUAUUUUAAAUGAUAUGAUUAAGAUGCAUAUGAACGAGAUGUAUCAGUCUGUGAUAGGAAGCUUCAGUGAAGGAAAAUCUGUACUCUUUUCAGAUAUACAGUCUGAAGUAGCGAAAAAUUUGAAAGGGACAACAUUCCGAAUAAUUGAGGAUCUGAAGACCAUAUACACAGAAGAAACAAAUGAUAUUCGGAAUGAAUGAAAUCAAAGACUAAUUGUUGAUAUUAGUAGAUAUUUAAUGAUUUUCAAUUACUUGCCAGUCUGAAUUUUUUUAAUGAAAUAUUCGUUUAUUUUUAAUUGUACCAGGAUUUGGUUUUACGAGGACUGAGCUUAGAACAAUGAGAAUUUCAGAUGAUUUCUUAAGAAUUACCUGAAAGUAAGCAAAAAAGAAAAAAACUUCAUAGAAAAUAAGGAUGUAAAUACAAAGAUACCACCACUCACGUAAAUAUCAUUAUGUUAUAUCAAAUAUCUAUUAUUGGGUGUUAACUAUUAUUAGUGUUACAAGAAAAUUUCUAAUUUUUGCAAUGUAAAGGUUUUUGAAUUAUUAAUAUAUUUUGUGUAAAUAUU